AUGGUCGUGUUCUCCUGCACGCUGGGCAAUUUACGACCUAGCAAUGAGGAAACGCUGGCAUCGAUGAUGCCAUCUUUCCAGCAAUACUUCUCCAUUGCAUCAAAGGCAUAUGCCGAAGAUCCCUGGAUUAUAUACCAACGGAUUUAUUACUUUUUACUAUCUAUCUAUCUAUCUCUAUCUAUCUAUCUAUCUAUCUCUCUCUCUCUCUCUUACGUCUUUUUGCAUAUCUAUAUAUCUAUCUAUCUAUUUAUCUAUCUAUCUAUCUAUCUUAGUCUCUUCAGUAUCUAUCUAUCUAUCUAUCUAUCUAUCUAUCUAUCUAUCUAUCUAUCUAUCUAUCGUAAACUUAAUAUUCUUCAUAUCUAUCUAUCUAUCUAUCUAUCUAUCUAUCGUAAACUUAAUAUGUACGUACCUAACAAUCAGUCUUCAUAUCUAUCUAUCUAUCUAUCUAUCUAUCUAUCUAUCUAUCUAUCUAUCUAUCUAUCUAUCUAUCCCAAUGUAGAUUUCCUAUAA